GAUGUGUAACCCUUUUUCCCAACGUGCUGGAACUCGUUUCCACGCCCGUCCCAGCCCACAAUCGCUCCUGAGAGAGGGAAGGGCGGGAAAUACCUGGGAGGAAGACGGAACAGCGUCCCGACUUGAAGCUCUCAGCACUUUUUCCCAACAGACCCGGGCGGUUUAAUAGCAGUCGAGCGGCGGGAAAAGCUCGGGGGAUCCUCGCUCGCCGGGACUCAGCGAACACCAUCCAGAUGUCUUGUCAAAUUUUGCCAUAAUCCCUUGCUUUUGGAUGAACUGAUUGGACUGAGGCGAGUUGAAAUUUGAAAUAGCUGAUAUAUUCCAUAGUGUAUGCAUGGAGGUUUAAGAAGUCUUUGAUCCAAAAUAACUCUGAAAAUGGAAACCUCAUCUUUGCUGUCAUCUUUACAUGAUGAAUGCAGAUCCGACAACUACCUUGAGCCUCACUACAAGGAAUGUUACAGACUUGCCAUUGAUGUGUUAAUUGAAAAUGGUUCAGAGGCUUACCAAGAAUUUCUUGCUAAGGAAAGAUGUUCUGAGUUUCUGGCAGAAGAUGAGAUUAAUUAUAUAUUAAACACUGUUCAGAAAAUCCCCCCAAACAUGGUUUAUGCUACUGACAACAAUGUUGAUGAUGCCUCUUCCUCAGGAACAUACUGGCCUAUGGAAUCCGAUGUAGAAGCACCUAAUCUUGACUUGGGUUGGCCUUACGUAAUGCCUGGAAUUUCUGGUGGUACAAAUAUUGAACUUCUUUUCCACCCACCACGAAUACAACCUUUUACAAUAAAAGAAACUAUUAGGAAGAUGAUCAAAGAAGCAAGAAAGGUUAUUGCCAUAGUUAUGGAUAUAUUUACAGAUGUAGAUAUUUUCAAAGAAAUUGUAGAAGCAUCCACCAGAGGAAUUUCAGUCUAUCUUCUGCUAGACGAAUCAAACUUCAGCCAUUUUCUUAAGAUGACAGAGAAGCAAGGUUGCCAAGUCCAAAGGCUCAGGAACAUGAGAGUACGUACUGUAAAAGGACAAGAUUAUUUCUCCAAGUCAGGGGCAAAAUUUCAUGGAAAAAUGGAGCAAAAGUUUCUUCUUGUUGACUGUAAGAAAGUUAUGUAUGGUACCUACAGCUUUAUGUGGUCAUUUGAAAAAGCCAAUCUCAGUAUGGUCCAGAUAAUCACAGGACAGCUUGUUGAAUCAUUUGAUGAAGAAUUUAGGACACUGUAUGCCCGUUCUUCUGUUCCCAGUUCAUUUGCUCCAGAAUUAGUUAGAAUCAAUAGCUGCCGAGCACUCUGGGAAAAUGAAGCCUAUCAGCACUCACGUUCUUCUUUAGCUUCUAUUUCCAGUCAGCGUAACCUUUCUGGGUGGCAAGACAAAAUUCAUAAUUUAGAUCCCACCAUUCUGAACACACGACAUACUGCUAGGUAUGGAAUAAAUGAAAACGACCAGUUCAAUCCUAGAAAUCAUCUACUUCACAAACCCCCAUUUGCUCCAGGUUUCCAUAUGCAGAAUAGAAUACAGCAAUAUCAGCCCAAUGAUGUAAAUGAACAUUGGAAAAGGCACAGUUAUGCAGGGGAGAAGCCAGAAAGGACUCCUUAUUUGAUGCUCAAUAGAACAACUAAUAGAGCAAAUAAUCCGUCAAAUCUUUGGAAAGUACCCUCCGAUAGCCUCAGUAUUGUAUCUUCAUUGCACGGGAGCCAUAUCAAUCACAAGGUGCCUCAACAGAGCUUAGCUGACCGAUUUCCACCGCCAAAGCUCAAUAUCGCGGACAGGAACUCAAUUGUACGGAGAUCUUUCAACGGCACUGACAGCCAUAUCCGUUUUCUCCAACAGAGAAUGCCAACCCUUGAGCGCACCACAAAAUCUUUCCUACGCAACUGGCGCAUUGAAUCAUAUUUAAACGAUCAGUCAGAUUUCCCGGCAGAUUCAAACGGUUCAGGGUUAGGAGAUAGGGCCGAGAGUUAUGAUGCAGCAGAUAAUAUCAAAGCCCAUGCCCUUUAUGCCCAUUCUCGGCUUCGCUCCUCGUUUGUUUUCAAGCCCACAUUGCCAGAACAGAAAGAAGUAAACAGCUGUGCAAGUUCUUCCAAUUCAACAAUCAUUGGUUCGGAGGGCAGUGAAACCCCUAAAGCAACCCCCAAUCAUAUCCUUAAACAGAAAGAUGAAACUGAUGGCACUAAGGCCGAACCAAGCCCUAACAUCCCGCUGGAGCCUGAUAUAGUAAAAAACCAUACCUUGCAGAUUUCAGAAGAUAUAAAGCCAAGUGCAGCAUUACCUGUGGCGAAGGAGAAACCUCCUUAUAUGUAUUCAUCUCUAAACAGAAGCAAGCCAGGAGAAUUUCGAAAGAAUCAUCAAAAUGAAAAUAUAUUGAAAAGGCGAAGUUUUCCUAUAUUCGAUCAUUCAAAUUCUAUUAUGGAUCAUGGUGACAGCAAAGAGGCAUCCAGUUAUAUUUACAGUACAUUAAAUAGGAAUAGAUUUAAGCAUCCAAAGCCACCUCUGGAAGAUAGCUGUAAAAAUUCGAAAAGCUUGCACAGUAUGGCAAAUCAUGUAUCAGAUAAGGAUAAAAACCACGAAGUUGAACCAAAGGAGUCACCUACUGCCAAGGCUGUUUCUAUAGCACUAGUUGAAUCUAGCAAAGAAGAGCCUAAUAAAGAUGCCUCAUCAAAGAAAGAAAAUAAGAAUUCCCCAAACUUCCUGAAAAAGGGAUCACAGAAACUAAGGUCUUUGUUAAACCUUACACCAGAAAAGAAGGAAAAUUUGUCCAAAAACAAAACUCCUGCUUUUUAUAGAAUGUGUAGCAGUUCUGACACUUUGACAUCAGAAUGUGAUGAAAAUCAAAAACCCAAAACCUCUGAAACGAAGAUGGAUUGUUCUCCAAGAAGGAAAAGAACCUCUUCAUCAAAUUCACAAGGGAGCCUACAUAAGAGUAAAGAAGAUAUUGCCAUCAGGCCUAAAUCACCCAAAUCUCCUAAACCUCCCAAGUCUCCCAAGCCCCCCAAAUCUCCCAGACCUCCAAAAGCUCCAUCCGAUGACAAUGCUAAAAGAGGGCCUACCGUGAAACCCUUGGAAAGCAUCCUGUUAGAAGUACCUCCUGGUGACCCAUCAGCCCCCAGAUUUAAUACAGAACAAAUUCAGUACCAAGAUGUUAGAGAGUUGCGUGCCAAUGCAAACCGUGAGCGAGUAGCCCAGCCUGCUCCACAAGCAAUCCCUCCACAAAGGAUGGGUGGCCCAAGCUCUCGCUUGCCCAGCCCAAAGCCUCACGAGGAGCUCAUAAGGCCUCGCUUCACUGAAAGGCGGGUUUACAGUCGCUUUGAACCAUUCUGCAAAAUGGAAAACUCGGCUCAGCCAAUGAGCAACGCAACCAAAGCCAGCGGUCAUUUGCCAGAGGGAAAUAGCAAGACCACCCAUAAUAAUUAUGGAAGGAGCAAUCAAGUGCUUACUUACAAUCCUGGUUUAUACCACCCAUUGCAUCCAAAUGAAAACAAAUUUAGAGGAAUUAUGCAAAAGUUUGGGAAUUUUUUGUAUAAAAACAAGUGAAACCUGUUUGUGGGGGUCUUCUAAAAACCUUUCAGUGUUGUAAAUACCUAACAAAUUAGACUGAUGGGCAGCUUUCAUAAAGCUUAAUGGUAUAGUUAUUGCAGAACACUGCCAUAUAUGUAUAUAAUAAGCAUUCCAAAACAUUGGCUGGAUGGAAGUUUUGGAAUUGGGUUUUUAUGUAUUUGUACAUUAAAUUUGAGAUUUGCUCAAAUUCACUUUGAUGCUUCAUAUUUUAAAAAUAAUAAUAAAAAAUAUGACAUAACAAGCCAAAGAAAACAUUUGAACUCCAGUCACAAAAAGACCAUUUAUUUCACAAUAUUUCUCCCUUUUUCAUAAUAAAUCCUCAUUUGUUACUCAUCA